AGAACUAAUCAAAGUCGAGCCCGUAUUAGUCCUUGCUCCCUCCUCCCCACUUCAUCCCUUCCUUCCAACGGUCAAACAGCCGCAGCCCGGCCGUGGUGGAACAUGGGAGAGAAACAAAAGCCGGUGAACAGACGAAAUUCCAAUUAUCAGUCUCUCUCUCUCUAAACAUAACAUUCUUAGAGAGAGAGAGAUUUCAAUUGAGAACCCCAAUUCCCACAACCAUCUAAUAUGCACUCCUUGAAGCCCGGUUCUCUCCCAAUCAUGAGCAAGAGACUCAAAUCUAAACCCAUCCCACCACCACCACCACCAACCCCACAACCAAAAACCAUCCCACCACCACCACCACGAACCCCACAACCAAAAACCAUCCCCAAAACCCAUCGCCAUCACUCCUCCAAAAUCCCGGUGGACCCCACCAAGUGGGCGUGGGUCCCUCUCAACCUCCCCCAAUCGGAGCUUUCCCUGCCCCUCACCUUCCCCACCGGCCAAACCUUCCGCUGGCGAAAAACCGGCCCUCUCCAGUACACCGGCGCCGUCGGGCCCCACCUCGUCUCCCUCAAGCACGACGCCUCCAACGGCGACGUUUCGUUCUGCCUUCACCGCACGCCUUCCGAGGCCGAGGCCGAAUCGGCUCUGCGGGAUUUUCUCAACGCGAGCAUUUCGCUUGCCGAGAUGUGGGAGGUCUUUUCGGCUUCGGACUCGAGGUUCGCCGAGCUGGCCCGCCAUUUGGGCGGCGCUCGGGUGCUCAGGCAAGACCCUUUUGAGUGCUUGGUUCAGUUUCUUUGUUCUUCCAAUAACAAUAUCGGGAGAAUAACGAAGAUGGUGGACUUCGUUUCGUCGUUGGGAAAUUAUUUAGGGACCGUUGAAGGUUUUGACUUUCAUGAGUUUCCGUCUAUGGAGCGGUUGUCAACGCUGUCGGAGCAAGAGUUUAGAGACGCCGGUUUUGGUUAUAGGGCCAAAUACAUUACUGGCACUGUGAAAAAGCUACAAUCAAAAGAUGGUGGAGGUGAAGAGUGGCUUUUGUCUCUUCGUGAUUCUGAACUUGAAGACGUUAUUUAUGCCCUUUCCACUUUACCUGGGGUUGGUCCCAAAGUUGCGGCGUGCAUCGCUCUCUUCUCUCUUGAUCAACACCAUGCCAUUCCUGUUGACACUCACGUGUGGCAGAUUGCUAUAAGAUACCUCUUACCAGAGCUAGCUGGUGCCCAUUUGACACCUAAGCUUUGCAGCCGUGUGGCGGAGGCAUUCGUGAAUAAGUUUGGGAAGUAUGCCGGGUGGGCUCAGACGAUGCUUUUUAUUGCAGAAUUACCUUCACAAAAGGCUAUGUUACCAUCACACUUUUCAAAUGCAAACAGGAAGAAAUCCAUUAAGAGAAAGAAUGUUGAAGCAGACACUAUUGCAGAAACUGUAGCUGAUGAUUGAUUAGUAAUUAAAUUUUGGAAUCAUGAUUGAUUUUUAGGUUUAGUCUUCUGGCUCCAGGGAUUGUAUGUGUAGAGUAGCAUUUUUUCGCAUAUAAAUGGAUAAACCAGUACAAUUCUUCACAUCGAUGCUCUUAUUUACUUAACGGGUUUGUGCAACUUAGGUUUUUCUUGACCAUUUUAGCCUUAGGCGUCUAUUCACGACUUCUUCCGUGCACAAUCACUUUGAUCCACAGUUUGAAAUCCCCUUUUUCUUUAUUUUUGUGUUGAGACUCAUAAUAUUAG